AUGGGCUUAAAUAACAAUGAUUUAUUAAUACAAAUUCAUUCAAACAAGAGAGAAGCGUUUGGUGAUGAGAACUUUUCAAUCUUGUUGCUUCACAUUGGUAAACCUGGUUUUGACAUUUUGUUAUUUUCAGUGCUUAUUUUCAUGAACACUAGUCUGUUGUGUCAAGGUGGAAGCUUUUUCUGGAUAAUUAUUUUGAAGAUAAUAUUAUUUGCUACUUUGUUAACUCUAUUCCAAGCUCACUAA